UUGUAGCCGACGAUUCUUUGCUUUCACUACUCUACUUAUCUCCUUUACUCUUCUUCUUCUUCUUCUUCUUCUUAAGCUUGCAAUGAGUGUUUGAGUUGAGCUUAUUUUUCAGCUUCACCUCCACGCGCUUCUCUGGACUACGCGCGACUCUGAUCCGAGUCACUCACUCUGGUGGCACUCCAUUGUGUGAGAAAUGAGGUUGUUGGAGUUUGGGUGUGUAUUUAUAAUCCUAUUUGAAAUUGUGUUAUAUGGAAAGGCUGAGAUUUACAUAGCAACCGUUGAAGGUGACCCUAUCAUAAGUUACACUGGCGGCAUCGAUGGGUUUGAAGCCACUGCAGUGGAAUCUGGUGAAAAGAUUGAUACCACAAGUGAAUUGGUCACUUCUUAUGCUCGCCACCUUGAAAAAAGACAUGAUAUGCUUCUGGGGAUGCUGUUUGACCCUGGGACAUACAAGAAACUCUAUAGCUAUAGACAUCUUAUAAAUGGGUUUGCUGUUCAUCUUUCUCCAGAACAGGCAGAAAUUCUUAGACAUGGUCCUGGUGUGAAAUCUGUUGAGAGGGAUUGGAAAGUGAGGAGACUUACAACUCAUACCCCAGAAUUUUUGGGGCUUCCAAAUGGAGUGUGGCCAACAGGAGGUGGUUAUGAUCAUGCUGGAGAGGACAUUGUCAUUGGAUUUGUGGACUCUGGGAUUUACCCUCACCAUCCAAGCUUUGGAACUCAUAAUACUGAACCAUAUGGGCCAGUUCCAAAAUAUAGAGGAAAAUGUGAAGUUGAUCCAGACACUAAAAGAAGUUUCUGUAAUGGGAAGAUUAUUGGAGCACAACAUUUUGCUCAAGCUGCAACAGCUGCUGGGGCAUUUAACCCUUCAAUUGAUUUUGCCUCUCCUCUAGAUGGCGAUGGUCAUGGAAGUCAUACAGCCUCUAUUGCAGCUGGAAGAAAUGGUAUUCCUGUGAAGAUGUAUGGACAUGAAUUUGGGAAAGCAAGUGGUAUGGCUCCCCGUGCAAGGAUUGCUGUGUACAAAGCACUUUAUAGACUGUUUGGAGGAUUUGUUGCAGACGUAGUUGCUGCACUUGAUCAGGCUGUACAUGAUGGGGUGGAUAUACUCAGCCUUUCAGUCGGACCAAACAGUCCUCAAGCAACCACCAAAACCACGUAUUUGAACCCUUUUGAUGCUACACUUCUUGGAGCUGUGAAAGCUGGUGUGUUUGUUGCACAGGCUGCUGGAAAUGCUGGUCCUUUUCCUAAAACAUUAGUUUCGUAUAGUCCGUGGAUAACAUCUGUAGCAGCUGCAAUUGAUGAUCGUACAUAUAAAAACCAUCUGAUCCUUGGAAAUGGAAGAAUCUUAGCUGGAGUUGGAUUGUCACCUUCUACACAUUUAAACCAAACAUACAAAUUGGUUGCUGCAAAUGAUGUGCUGCUAGAUUCUUCAGUUAUGAAGUACAUCCCCACGGAUUGCCAGAGACCAGAAGUUUUAAACAAGAAAUUGAUAGAGGGGAAUAUUCUUCUAUGUGGCUAUUCUUACAACUUUGUUGUUGGUACUUCAUCAAUAAAGAAAGUCUCAGAAACAGCAAACACCCUUGGAGCAGUUGGAUUUGUUCUUUGUGUGGAAAAUGUUUCUCCUGGAAUGAAAUUUGAUCCAGUCCCUGUUAGCCUUCCUGGGAUUCUUAUCACAGAUGUCAGCAAGUCAAAGGAACUGAUAGAUUAUUAUAAUAUCUCCACACCUAGAGACUGGACUGGAAGGGUGAAGAGCUUCAAAGGUACAGGUAAAAUUGGGGACGGUUUGAUGCCUAUUCUCCAUAAAUCUGCACCACAGGUGGCAUUAUUCUCUGCUAGAGGGCCAAAUAUAAAGGACUUUAGCUUCCAAGAGGCAGAUCUUCUCAAACCAGAUAUAUUAGCUCCGGGUUCAUUGAUUUGGGCUGCUUGGUCUCUAAAUGGAACUGAUGAACCAAAUUAUGUUGGGGAGGAAUUUGCCAUGAUAUCUGGAACUAGCAUGGCUGCACCACAUAUAGCUGGAAUUGCUGCUCUUAUAAAGCAGCAACAUCCACAUUGGAGCCCUGCUGCCAUUAAGUCAGCCUUGAUGACAACAGCAACAACUCUAGACAGAGCAGGCAGUCCCAUUCUAGCACAGCAAUACUCAGAAACAGAAGCAAUGAAGCUGGUCAGAGCCACUCCUUUUGAUUAUGGGAGUGGACACGUUAAUCCAAGAGCUGCCUUGGACCCUGGGCUCAUCUUUGAUGCAGGAUACGAGGAUUACCUAGGGUUCUUGUGCACAACACCUGGCAUUGAUGUUCGUGAGAUAAAGAACUACACAAACUUGCCAUGUAACAAUACCAUGGUCCACCCAUCAAAUUUAAACACUCCAUCUAUUACAAUUUCCCAUUUGGUAGGAACUCAAGUUGUCACCCGCACUGUCACAAAUGUUGCUGAGGAAGAAACCUACGUGAUCACAGCCAGAAUGCAACCAGCAAUUGCCAUUGAAGUCAACCCUCCAGCAAUGACCCUCAAAGCAGGUGCAUCACGUAAGUUUACUGUGACACUUACUGUUCGCUCAGUGACAGGAAUUUAUAGUUUUGGAGAGGUUUUAAUGAAAGGAAGCAGAGGGCACAAGGUAAGAGUACCAGUUCUUGCCAAUGGAUAUCCAAGAUAGCUUAGAUAUUUGGUCAGCAAAGAAAAGUUAUGCUUGUAACAUUCUUUGUAACUUGUGGGAAUAAGGCAUGCUGCUAGAUUUAUUAUAAAAAUAUAUAUAUAUGAUGUUGAAUAGGUGUAAAGGUAAGC